ACAAGAUGGCGUCGAGCACAUACGGUGUGGAUGAAUUAGUGAACAAUGUUACACUGUAUCGUUCACGCCGUCUUUUAUUUUGUGGCCAAGUCGGGCCUUUCUUCAUUUUCUAUCUUAUAUGGUUUUAUAUUUGGGCAUUUCAGUAUGGAGUUUCAGAGUAUUUUGAAGCCGGUAUGAUAGCUAUAGCUAUAAUAGGGAUUAUUCAAGUACUGACGUGUCUUUUUGGUCUAUGGUCUGUUCAUAUUCGUUGUUUACUAGCUUAUAACAAAGAAUCUGACGUUUUAAAAGCACGUUUUGCUAAAGUUGUACCCACACCAAAUAAUGGUUCCACAGAGCUGGUGGCUCUUUCCCAUAGUAAGGAUGAAAAUGGUCACCAUGCUUGGUUUAAAUUUCAAAAAACCAAAUAUAUAUAUGAUUUUGAGAAAAAGUCAUUUCAAGGUUUAACAUUUCCUGAUAAUCUCUCUUUUAAGCAUUAUCAAGAAUGGAAAGGCUUUGCAGAUGAAACAGAAUUAAAAGCUGCUGAAAGCAAAUAUGGAAAAAAUGAAUUGGAAAUGGUUGUGCCAGAAUUUAUGGAAUUAUUUAAAGAAAGAGCAACAGCUCCAUUCUUUGUAUUCCAAGUAUUUUGUGUUUUAUUGUGGUGCUUGGAUGAAUAUUGGUACUACAGUGUUUUUACACUUUUUAUGCUCAUUGCUUUUGAAUGUACUCUUGUGCAACAGCAACUGCGAAACUUGUCUGAAAUAAGAAAAAUGGGAAAUAAGCCAUAUCAAAUUCAAGUUUAUCGAAACAGAAAAUGGAGGCCAAUACCUAGCUGUGAUUUAAUACCAGGAGAUAUUGUGUCUAUAGGUAGAUCUCAAAAUGAAAAUUUGGUGCCAUGUGAUUUGCUUUUAUUACGAGGACCCUGUAUUGUGGAUGAGUCAAUGUUAACAGGAGAAUCAGUACCGCAAAUGAAAGAACCUAUUGAAGAGUUAGAAUCUAAAGAUAUUUUGGAUUUAGAUCAGCAUGGCCGUUUGCAUGUGUUAUAUGGUGGAACUAAAGUAUUGCAGCAUACUCCUCCAGGAAAAACUAGUCCUGGGCUUAAAACUGCUGAUAAUGGAUGUGUUGCAUAUGUUUUAAGAACUAGUUUCAAUACAUCUCAAGGAAAACUUUUGAGAACUAUUCUCUUUGGUGUCAAGCGAGUCACUGCUAACAAUCUGGAGACAUUUUGUUUCAUCCUUUUCCUUCUUAUUUUUGCAAUUGCUGCUUCAGCUUAUGUAUGGAUCAAAGGUACUGAAGAUCCUAAACGGAACAGAUACAAAUUAUUUUUGGAAUGUGCCCUGAUAUUAACAUCUGUUGUACCUCCAGAGCUUCCAAUUGAACUUUCUUUAGCAGUUAACACAUCUCUAUUAGCUCUUUCGAAAUUAUAUGUAUAUUGUACUGAACCAUUCCGAAUACCUUUUGCUGGUAAAGUUGAAGUCUGCUGCUUUGACAAGACAGGUACACUAACAAGUGAUAAUUUAGUAGUUGAAGGAGUAGCUGGUUUAAAAAAGAAAGACAAAGUGUGUUCAAUAAAUGAAGUUCCACCAGAGACUAUACAAGUCCUUGCAACAUGCCAUUCCUUGGCUCAAUUAGAAGAUGGCAUUGUUGGGGAUCCUCUAGAAAAGGCAACUCUGAUGGCUGUAGAAUGGAACCUUACUAAAGGUGAUGCUGUUGUUCCUCGAAAAGGAAAAAUGUCUGGUUUGAAAAUAUUUCAUCGCUUUCAUUUCUCCAGCAGUUUAAAAAGAAUGUCUGUUAUUGCUGGAUACAAUCCUCAAGGCUCUUCUGAUACUUCAUAUAUAGUUGCAGUGAAAGGUGCGCCGGAGAUUUUGAAGCCAAUGUUUAAAGAAAUACCUAGGGAUUAUGAUGAAACUUACACAGAAAUGUCUCGACGCGGUGCUAGAGUAUUAGCCUUAGGGAGAAGAGAGCUGGGAAUUUUGUCUCACCAAGAGGUUCGUGCUCUCACAAGAGAUGAUAUUGAAAAGAAACUGACCUUUGCUGGUUUUGUAGUUAUUUCGUGUCCACUUAAAGCUGAUUCCAAAGCUGUUAUUAAAGAAAUCCAGGCUGCAAGCCAUCGGGUGAUAAUGAUUACUGGUGAUGCUCCACUAACUGCAUGUCACGUUGCUAGGGAGUUGAACUUCACCAGUCAUAGUAAAACCCUUAUUUUCACACCUCCGCCUGCAUCUAAACAAGAUUUUGAAUGGAGCUGGGUAUCUAUUGAUGAAAGUGUGACAUUACCUGAAAUACCUGAUAAACCAUCAACACUUUAUUCUAAAUUUGAUCUAUGUCUUACUGGUGAGGGUAUGACAUAUUUAGCUGCCAAAGAUAAUAAAUUUCUGAAAACUAUUCUACCACAUGUGAAAAUAUUUGCUAGAGUAGCUCCAAAACAAAAAGAAAAUGUAAUUACUGCUUUGAAAAGUCUUGGGUGUGUAACUUUAAUGUGUGGUGAUGGAACAAAUGAUGUUGGUGCUCUGAAACAUGCACAUGUGGGUGUUGCCAUAUUAUCUGGUAUUCCUGACCGACCAGCUCCCAGGAUAAGGAGACACAAAGAGGAAGAUUCCAAUGACCAUGCUGCAAAUAACCCUGUUAUAUCAAAACUCGAAGCCAUGGCUUCUAAAGGAAAAGUUUCUAGGAGAUCUGAUGGUAAAAAUAAAGUUUCCAAACCAGACAAUUUAACAGAAGCACAGAAAAAAAUCCAGAAGAUUUUGAAGGAAAUAGAAGAAGAAGAUCCUUGUCAAAUAGUAAAAUUAGGUGAUGCCAGUAUAGCAGCACCCUUUACUUCAAAAUUAUCAUCUAUACAAUGUAUCUGUCAUGUUAUUAAACAAGGCCGAUGUACUCUUGUUACUACUCUACAGAUGUUUAAAAUAUUAGCUCUGAAUGCAUUGAUUCUUGCUUAUUGUCAGAGUGUUCUAUAUCUAGAUGGAAUUAAAUUUAGUGACACUCAAGCUACGCUUCAAGGCUUAUUGUUAGCUGGUUGCUUCCUGUUCAUAUCUAGAUCAAAGCCUCUGAAAACAUUAUCCAAAGAACGGCCUCUUCCAAAUAUAUUUAAUGUUUAUACUAUUCUAACUGUUCUUCUUCAAUUUGCUGUUCAUUUUACCUGUUUAGUAUAUCUAGUACAAGAAGCUACUGCAAGAUCACCACCGAGAACUGAAAAAUUUGCUGAUCUUGAAGCUGAAUUCCAACCUUCUCUUUUAAAUAGUACUGUGUAUAUUAUUUCUAUGGCCUUGCAAUUAUCCACGUUUGCAGUUAAUUAUAGGGGUCAUCCAUUUAUGGAAAGUUUAUCAGAAAACAAGCCUUUAAUGUACAGUAUUGUUGUAUCAGGGACUGCAAUUCUUAUGCUAGUUACAGGAUUAUCACCCGAUUUAGCUGGUGUUUUUUCAAUUGUUGAUUUUACCCCUGAAUAUCAAAAUGUUGUACUUUUGACACUAUUCUCGGAUUUCUUCCUUGCCUUCCUAGUUGACAGAGUGUGUUUGUUCUUAUGUGGACGAGGAAAACUAAGAACCCUUUGACCACAGUUCUUCUUUUUAGUCAAAUUAUCAAAGAAUGCAUCUUAAGAACUUUAUCUCUUGCUCUAGGGCUGAGAAAUGUACCAUUCUGGCCGAUUGUUAUUUUUUUUUUUUUUUGUUAAAAGUCUGACAUUUAUGAAUAAUAUAUUUGAAAUGUUUAUUUAUGAUUUGAUGGUCAUUCCAUGAAUUAAGAAUAUUUAAAAUUCCAGUAAGAAAUAAAAUUUGUUUUCUAAAUAUUUACAGAUUUCGUUUUAUAUCUUUUUUUAAUUGAUCGAAGUUGAUUUCAUUUAUGAUAAAAGCAAUAGUCAUAUCUCAAGUGAGCAAAUGACCUGAUCAUUAAGUAUUGAAUUUGUCUUUUUGUAUGUACAUAUGUAAAUUAAGUUCAUUUUAGGCAUUCUUUUUUCAAUUUUCGUUUCAUUUAUCAUUUCCUUUCUUCUGUUUUUAAGUUAUAUUUGAGAUCUUUUAGUAAUGAAUAAAAAUACUAAAAAAAUUCCUUGAAUGAUAAAAUCUAAAAAAAACAUUUUAUAGUCUUUCAAUAAUAUCCUUGAAUUCUUUUGUUAUUGUUUUUGUAAUUUUAUAUAUUGUUUAAAAA